AUGGAUGGUUGGGCAUUCUCCGCAGUGGCAGCUGUUGAAGGCACCAACAAAAUAAAAACAGGGAAGUUGGUUUCUCUGUCUGAACAACAGCUGAUAGAUUGUGAUAUUAGAAAUGGGAACCAAGGCUGUGAAGGUGGCGAGAUGGAAACAGCUUUCACCUACAUCAGCAAGCACGGUCGGCUUGCCACUGAUGAAGCGUAUCCUUAUCAAGGAACAGAUGAACUCAACAAGGCCAAAGCUAGAGACCAUGCAGUCACCAUAGGUGGCUAUGAAAAGGUAUCUGCUGGUAAUAAGAAAAUGCUAAAAUCUGCAGUUGUUCAUCAACCUGUCUCUGUUGCAACUGAUGCUGGAGGUUAUACAUUCCAAUUUUAUUCAAAAUGUAUUUUUUCGGGAAGUUACGGAAAGAACCUCAAUCAUGGCAUGACAAUAAUUGAUGAAGAAAAUGGUAAAAAGUACAGGAUUGUGAAAAGUUCAUGGGGAAAUGACUGCGGUGAAUCUAGUUAGGUUAGGAUGAAGCGGGGUGCUAGGAAUAAAGGUGGUACUUGUGGCAUUGCCAUGGAUGCUACCUACCCUGUCAAGCAUUAA